AUGGGUUACGAUUAUGAGAUUAUUUAUCGCCCAGGCCAUGAAAAUUCAGCAGCAGACACCCUCUCAUGCAAGUCUAGUAGUCCAGUUCUUCAUCAUUUGCAUGUACCAGAAGUGACUAUAUGGGAUGAAAUUAAGAAGGCUUACGAAGGAGACUCUUAUGUCCAAUCUCUAGCUCGCAUGGCUACGACUCAACGAGAAGGAUCGUAUGCAUGGCGUGAGCUUGCGACGCCUUCAAAGGAGCUGCCGCCCAUAACUGAUGACGGGGCUAUUAUACUCGCACCGCAACAUAUACUGGACACUCGUUGGGUCAAACGGGGAAAUAAAUUUGAAGAAGGAACUCUGGUCCAGUGGAAGCAUCUUCCAACUUAUCACUUGCUCACUAAAAGUCCUCAUGAGUUGAUACGUUUUCUUGAUCUAGACAUUUAUCUGAGAGAUCAAACUCCGAUUCUCGACGACUUUCCUCAACCAAUAAUUUUUUCGAUGCAUACUCCAUAUGCUUUGCUUCCAAAUUCUAUUAUGAACUCAAAUUGUUGUAUUGUUUACAUGUGUAGAAAUCCCUUGGAUCAGUUCAUCUCUCAAUGGAAGUUCUGGGUCAACGGAUUUCCGAUCGAAGGCAAGGAGCCUCUUUCACUUGAUGACGCUUUUGAGAUGGUUUGUGAAGGAAUCAAAAGCUUUGGCCCCAUUUGGGAAAAUGUGUUGGGAUAUUGGAAGGCUAGCAAAGAGCAACCGCACAAAAUAUUAUUCUUGAAAUAUGAAGACUUAAAAGAGGACAUCGAUUUUUAUGUUAAGAGAUUGACAAGUUUUUUAGGAUAUCCUUUUAGUGAAGAUGAAGAGAAACAAGGAGUCAAGAAAGAAAUAUCAAAGUUUUGUAGCUUUGAUAACAUAAAGACCUUCGAGGUGAAGAAUAUUAAGAAGGAUAUCUUCUAUAGGAAAGGUGAAGUCGGAGAUUGGAAAAAUUGUUUGACAGCUUCAAUGGCCAAACGUUUGGAGAAAAUAAUAGAAGAAAAGUUGAGUGGCUCGGGUUUAAAUAGCUCGCUUUCAUGUUGUUGUAAAUGA